UCAGAUUGACCUCAGACUCAAAUGUAUAUUUGCCUCUGCCUCUUCUAUAUAAACACCCCAUCGCUCAACCUUACCCUUCACCGUCCACAACUAGCUGUUCAUCUUAGCAUCUGCCACCUCUCUUAAUCUCUGGUCAAUACAUACAUCGCUAAGCUACCCAUCACCACCAUGCAAUCUUUCAUGUCCACACCUUAUCUUCUUCUAAUACCUGUUUUAUCCUUUUGUUUGUUGCUACUUCUCUUCAUUCAAUGGAGGAAUACUCACCCCAACCGUAGUCGUCUUCCACCUGGUUCCAUGGGUUGGCCUUAUGUUGGAGAGACUCUCAAGCUCUAUACUGAAAGCCCAAUUUCUUUCUUUUCCAAUAGGCAAAGACGGUAUGGAGAUAUAUUUAAGACACACAUACUGGGAUGUCCUUGUGUGAUGAUUUCAAGUCCAGAAGUAGCAAGGAGUGUACUAGUGAGUGAAGCUCAUCUGUUUAAGCCAACAUAUCCUCCGAGCAAAGAGAAGAUGAUUGGACCAGAGGCUCUGUUCUUUCAUCAAGGGGACUAUCAUUCAAGGCUCAAGAAGUUAGUUCAAGCCUCCUUUCUACCUUCUGCAAUUCGCUCCUCGGUGUCACGCAUUGAGACUAUUGUUCUCAAGUUUCUUUCUACAUGGCAGACUCGCACUAUUAACACUUUAAAUGAAAUGAAGAUGUAUGCUUUUGAUGUGGCCAUAAAUUCGGCCUUUGGUGAUAAAAGGGACAUGGAUGUGGAAGGUAUUAAACAUCUGUAUCAACGUUUAGAGAAGGGAUAUAACUCCAUGCCUUUAAAUCUCCCAGGAACUCCCUUUAACAAAUCGAUGAAGGCAAGGAGGAUUCUGAAUGAGAAGUUGAGGAAACUAAUAGAGAAGAGAAGAAGGGAAGGUGGAGAAGAAAGUGGAGGCUUGUUGGGAGUGUUAAUGGGAAAUAAAGAUGGAAAGCUUAAUAAUCUAAGUGAUGCCCAAAUUGGUGAUAAUAUAAUUGGGGUGAUUUUUGCUGCUCAUGACACAACUGCAAGUGUUCUCACAUGGGCGCUUAAAUACUUGCACGAUAAUCAAUGUCUUUUAGAAGCUGUUACGCGUGAACAAGAAGGAAUUCGCCACAAUAUCGUUGAAGAAAAUCGUGGGCUCACGUGGGAUGAUACUCGACACAUGCCAUUGACUAGCCGGGUAAUUCAAGAGACACUAAGGGAAGCAAGUGUUGUAUCAUUCACAUUCAGGGAAGCAGUCCAAGACGUAGAAUUUGAAGGCUACUUCAUCCCUAAAGGUUGGAAAGUUCUUCCUCUCUUCCGAACCAUUCAUCACUCUGAAGAUUUCUUCCCCCAACCACAAAAGUUCGACCCUUCACGAUUUGAGGUGCCACCCAAGCCUAACACGUACAUGCCAUUUGGAAACGGAGUGCACUCUUGUCCAGGCACUGAGCUUGCUAAGCUUGAGAUCCUCAUCCUCCUCCACCACCUCACCACUACUUACAGGUGGGAAGUAAUUGGCAAUGAGGAUGGCGUACAAUAUAUUCCUUUCCCAGUGCCCAAACGAGGUUUGCCCAUCAAAGUAUACCCGAAGAACAACAAUUGAUUACAGCAAAUGCCUUAAAAAAUCUCAAUGACAAUCCAAGAUUAGCUUCUCGCGGCCAAAAACAUGUUUCCGGUUGAGUUUCUCUUAGUUUUUGUUCGGCCGGUUUUCGAAUUAGUACUGUGCUAGCUCCUUUUAUUUCCGCAAGUUUUCAUGAGGCUGUUUCAUCUAGUUAAUUUGCUUUGGUUUGAAUAAUGUGACCAUGUCUAUGUGCCGACAAGUGGUUUGCUCAUGCUUCAUGAUUAAUGUAAGAUAUAUAUAUAUAUAUAUAUGUUAUGAAAGUUUUAUAAAGUUUAAUGAAGAAAACAGCUAGCAACAUCAGCCUAGCAACAAAGAUUUAGUUGAAUGGAU